AUUUCUUUAUUUUUACCCAUCUGCCUUUUUGUAGAAAUAUAGGUACUCUUUUGUUCGCAUCUAAUUGUUCUUUUAGAUGGGUUGUCUUUGAUUUCUCUCUCUCAUAGAGUGUUUGUGUGUAAAAUGGGCUCUUUCAGAUGAAGCCUUUGAGAUCAAGAGAUUGGAGGAUAUGAUUGGUUCUACUUACAGUUUGUUGGGUUUUUCUUUUUGAGUUUUCUUCUCUGAGAUCUAGUGGGGUAUGCCCAUUUUCACAAGCAUUUCUGCUUUUUGUUUGGCUUGGAAUGCAAGUGUGUAUAAAGAUGUUGAUUUUUAAUGAUUUUAUUUCUCUAUUACUCUAACACCCAUUUUUUCAUUUUUGGGUUUCUAUAGGUACCUUGAGGUUGCUUGUUAGUUUUAGGGUUUCAGUUUCAUUGUACUAACCAACAGCAGUUUUUUGAGGUUCUUUUGAUCUCAAGCUUUGAACCAUUAUUAGGAUCCAUGAAUUUGCUAUUCUCCAGAGUUAAAGACCUUUUGAAAUUUGGAUUGUUGCUUCAAGGGUUGAAGAUUAAGGAAAUUUGAGGUUUGAGGUUAAUUGAUUGGUUUGCUUGAAUACAUUUUCUUUCUCUAAUUUGAGCAAAUGGAUUGUAGAUCUGUUGAUGGGACAAGACAUGGAGUUGGAAUUUGACAAAUAUUGCAAAGUGGGUGGGAGCCCAAAAACUGUUCUUCCAUCACCUCGGCGUUCUUCAAGAAUUGAAAAGAGAAUUGUCAAAGGAAAACUUACGUGUACCACAAACGAUCUAUUCAGCUUAGAGGAGGGCUUCAAAGAGAUUAACUUUCGCCGCUAUCGCAGUUCAUCUUGUAAAUUCAAUCCAUCUAGGUCUCCAGGGCUGGAAGGGAACGAAGUGCUAAGGCGGGGUUCUGUAUAUCAGAACUCCAAAGAAGUUAGGAAGAUGAGGAAGAUUGUAGCUAUGGAGGGUAGGAGAAAAAUUGAAUCAUCGGGAAGCCAUGCUUUCUCCAUGGGAAUUGUUGACUCUUUGUGUAGCUCUGAGAAGAAUAGCUCUCUCAUGGAACGGAAAAGAUCCUCAGUGGUGUCAAUAAAUUCAGACUCAAGUACAACUUCUAUUCCCAUGCCCCUCAUUGAAGAAUUCUUGGAUCUCUCUCACCAUGGUACAGAUAAUGUUGUAUCAUCUGAUGGGUUUUUAGAAAUGCCUUCGAAUUUAAAUGGCAAAGAAGACCACUCUGCUGAAAAUAUGGAGAGACAAAAGAUGUGUGAUCCGAAGUUCAGAUGUGAUCCUGAUGUUGGUCCUAUUAAUGAUGGUAUUGACUUUCGGGAUAGAGACACUGCUCUUGCUUUGCAUAAGUCGUUAUCUGCUAAACUGGCACUGCCCCUUUCACCUUCUCAAUCAGAAAGUGAUGGCUCUAAACCAAGCAGUCCAAAGACACGGUUCAGCCCUAUCAAAAAGAUGUUUGAUCCAUUCACAAAGUCGAAGUCUCAACGGAGUCCUUUGGGUUCUUCUGCAAGUGAGCCUGGCGGGCUUCCACCAGCCCGGCUUGCAACCGUUGGGAGGAACAACAACACAUUGCGAAAAUCUCUACUGAACGAGUUUUCAAACACGAUGCAGAGUCCCGAAUUUGGUUCUCAGUUUGGGAAAAAAGAUCACUGUAAUUCAGCAGUUUCAUGUUCACCAGCUCACUUGCACGGCUGCCUCAAGUUGGAAAAUAAACAUGGGGUGCCAUUUUUUGAGUUCUCAUUGAAGUACCCAGAAGAUGUUUUCAUGGCCCGGACUUGGAAAGCAGACAAUGCUUUGAAUUGGGUAUACACUUUUCAUAAUAGAAGGAAGAGUAAUAAUGGUUGGGGAUUGAAAGACAGCAACAAAGAGUCCUCUAUGGUGGGACAAAUGCAAGUUUCAUGUUAUUUAUGUACAGAGCUCAAAGAUGCUGGGUCUUUUGAAAACUCUAUGGUGACGGAGUUCGUGUUAUACGAUGUUGCUCAUGGAAGACGAAGUGUUGCUGCUCGGGGAAACCCUAACCAGUCCUCUGAUGUGGUUAAACCUCCCAAGGUUUCAAGUCAAAGCUCGGUUGGUGGAACUAGCAAGUUGGACAAUGUGUCUGAUCAAUCGAAGCUCAAACUUCAAUUAAAACACUCCACUGACAAUGGGCAUUUCGAUAAAUUGACUCCACACCCUUGGGCACUGGAAGAUUUGCAUCCAAGCCUUGAAAUAGCAGCCGUUGUCAUACAAGUCCCAUUUGCAAAGAGGGAAAGCUUGAAACACAAGGGAGGAGAUGAGAAGAGUGAUCAACCGCAUCCAAACUUGCUUGAUCUCUCAGCGAUGGAGGAGAGAAAGAAAGGUAUUGGGGAUGGCUCAAGCACCACAAAGGUAAAUGUGGUCACCCCGUCUGGAAACCAUAGUUUGCCUAGUAGUGAGAGUCGUGGUCCUUCGCCAUUACUUGAUCGAUGGAGGUUGGGUGGAGGUUGCGACUGUGGUGGUUGGGACAUGGCAUGCCCUCUUACUGUUUUUGGCAGUCCCAAUAUUCAGAGUGGUGAAGAUUAUCUGCUUGUGGAGAAUCAGCGGCCUUUGGAACUUUUUGUUCAGGGAGCAAAGGAAAAUACACCGGCGUUGACCAUGACAGUUAUAGAGGAGGGACGGUAUUCAGUUGACUUCCAUGCACAGUUAUCCACAUUGCAAGCGUUCUCUAUUUGUGUUGCUAUCUUGCAUUCUACAGAAGCCUCAAUUGCUGUUGGGCAUGAGAGAGACAAGCAAUUGUUGCAAUGCAAUUCGUUGAGAGUGUUCAUCGAGGAGGAAGUCAAAGAUUUAAUUGAAGCCGUCACAGGGGAGGAAAAGAGAAAAGUUGGCAAGAUGGAAGAAAUCCCACCAUCUUUUAAACUCAACCCACCUUUUUCUCCAAUUGCUCGGGUAUAGACUUGGCUUUGCUUUUAGAAGCAGAUAUGAGUUCUCCCCAGAAUCCCGGAUCAGAUUUAGAGUGCCAAUCCAUUGGCGGUUCGUCUUUAGCAAUGGUUAACCAGCGCUUGCCUUGGAGCAAGGUCAAUACAUCGAAGAGACCAUUAUCUUUUUGUGAGAUUACUCAACUUGCUCUUAAUUUAUAGAAAAAAAUUUUGAACACAUAAUGUUGGACAAUUUUCACUGUAUUUAAAUAGAUUAAAUUCUAUUGUGUA